AUGGAGAUCAUGGUUGACGCCAGCAAAGAGCACAUGGGAGCAGGCUCUCGGUCAGAGAAGACGGCGGGGUUUGGAAACCCCAGCCAUCGCACCCCACUUCUGGACAGGCUCUCGGCCACGAGGGGCGUUUGGGAGCUUCUGGACGUCCAGCCAGAGCAAGUCAAAAAGCUGCUCUCGCCGCACCGACUGGGGUCCUUCAUCGUUGCUACCAACGGGAAUGACGCCGUCAAGACACUUUACCUCCGGUUACCUGAAAGUGACAAUAAGGUUGUUGGCCUUUUCCCUCUUGAAGACACUCCAGCAGCCAUUCACCUCAAAGGUUCUCAGCUGUACUUCAGAAACCUUUUGGAACUGAUUGGCUUUCAUUUUGUGAGCAGGGAUAUCCUGCCCUGUUUGCUCAGGGUCCCCCACGUCCUUCAGCUUCCCGGCAGAGCCGAUUUAGAUGCAGUUGCCACCUUGGGUGCAACAUUCUGGGCGAUGCCUCUUCAUCCCGCCAACGGCCUGGCCCCAGACGAAGCCGAAGCCAGCGGCCCGGAACCCAAGGCGGACCUGCUGAAGUCCGAGCAGCCCUCUUGCUCCAUCCGCGUGACCUCCGAGGACGCCGCCCUCUGCAUCGUGAACCCGCUCUUCCUUUCCGUGCACAGCGACAUCGAGUGGCUCGACCUGGCCCCCGGCCUGUACCACUCGAGGGGCAGGGGGGGAUCCCUGCGCCUCGCCAAUGGCUCCGCAAGGCCAGAAGCCCCAGUUGGUCUGGAGCGUCUCAAGUCUCGGGAAGAGGAGGAGAAGGGGGGGAAAGACCCUCCGUCCUGCUCAGCCUCCGGGCAAGGGGAUUUCCUUCCUCGCAGACCCUCCUGGAACAGUUCAGAAACCGAGGCACCUCCCUGGUCCCCUACUCUGCCCCAAAACCAGGGCCGCUCUCGCCACCGCGUCUCCUGGGUGGAAGGCAUCUCGGCCGACGCUUUCCCCAGCUUGAAAAAAGCCCGGUCCGAUUCCUUGUUGCUGAACGACUCCAUGUUGCUGCCUCUCAUCCCGGAACUGGAUUCGCUGUCCAUCAGCAGCGUGGAGGACGAGGGCGAGGGGCUCCCUCCCGCCACCCCGUCUCCGCAGAAGAGACGGCGCCCCUCCUCGGCCACCUUCACCCACAAGGUGCUCUACCGUCUCUCGGCCAUGAGCAGCGCCCUCACCGGCUUCCUCUCGCUCGAGCGCCGGGUGGCCAAGCGGGUGCAAGAGCUGGUCCAGGAGCCCACCUCGGACGUGGGAGGCCUGGUGCAGAACUUCGUGGAGCACAUGCAGCAGGGAGCCGGGGCCCGCCACCCCACCAGCACCGACAUGCUCCAGGAGACGCGGCAGAUGAUCAGCAACCUGAAGUGCUACCUGUGCGAAAGCUCGGAUCUGCGCACCGCCUACUGGGAAUACGCCGACGCCGAGGAACUGGAUCUCGAGGCCUUCGGUGCCGAUGACUUCCUGCCAGUUCUGAUCUACGUGCUGGUGCGCUGCGAUGUGGCGUCUGUACAGUUGGAUGUGGAGUACAUGAUGGAACUGAUGGAUCCCAGUCAGCUGCAGGGAGAAGGGGGCUACUACCUCACCACCUGGUUCGGGGCUCUCUACCACAUUGAAAACUUCCAGGCGGCUUUUACCAUCACCAGGCAGAUCAGCGUGGAGGCCCAGCGCUCCAUCCAUCAGUGGCAUCGCCGGCGCACCAUCCACCACCACCACCGCCGCAAUUUGCAGACCGCCUACUCUUUGGGUCAGCAGCUGGUGUUCUAG